AUGUCCCAAGAUCAGCCGCAAGACUCCUCCGCCCUAGCACCCUCUAGUCCCUGGAAAGUCGACUUCAAAUGGGGCAAACAGCGAUUCCUCAUCACCGACACUUCCUCAAUCCAAGACGUAGCCAUCAUUCGCUGUAAACUCCGUGAACCAUCCCUCGAAUUCCGCACCCCAGACGACAAAACCACCUUCGGCACCGGAACCGUUCACGCCAUAUCAAUCCACCCAGACUACGAAUGCAACGGCUUCAAAGGUCCGCUCCGCGCCUCCUCCAGGUGGGCCACACGCUACCAGCCCUUCUUCCCCAACUUCGGAACACCAGCGAAUCCGAUGGUCAUGUCCUGGACCACAAGCAGCUCAUCCAAGGACUGGGACUUCAUCUGUCUUGAUGACAAGGGGGAGGCUGUGGCUCGGUAUGCGACGAAAAUAUGGGCAACGAAAAAGGUCGGAGUGAUAGAAUUUGUUGGCCCGAAGGCUGAGGAUUUGGAGGCGAGGCGGGAGAUUCUUGUGACGGGGGUGUUGAUGUGGUAUACGAUGCUCGUUCGGGUUAAUAAUCCUCUUAAUCUGAUGUAUUCGAUUUUUGGCAAGGCGGGGCCGAUUCGGAAGGAUGGUGGGAGGGGGAUUGUUGGUGAUGGUGGCGCGGAGGUUGGGAGGGAUGAUGAAGCGGCGGGUUCGAAUCGGUAG